CCGCAACCUGCAACCUGAUGGCCUGAUGGAGCCCUCGACUUGCUUGGCCAACGUUGCGGCUGGGCGUUGCGGGCGCUGGCGUGCUGGCGCUGGCAUUUGGGUCGACUCUGCCAAGGGUUGUGGCUGAGCUAGCUGGGUCGAUGCGUCCAAGCAAGCCUCGUCCACGCUGCCCACUGCCUCGUCCUCACCAUGCAUCGUUUGUCCCAGUUUGCAUCGGUCCAUCCAUUCCCCUUCUCCCCAUUCUAUUCCCCCAAGCCAAGCACCCUCAUCCACACUCCACUCCUCUCCACUCCCCUCCCCUCACUUCCCCCCACAUCCCCUCUCCACCUCCUACCUCCUCCUCGUCGACCUCGCACGCACGCCGGCUGACCC